CUGAUUUCGAUUGGUGGAGAGCCUCGUUAAGACACUGCUGCAAGAAGUCGUCAAUGGAAGGCGAGCUCACCUGCCCAAUAUGCCUGCAUAUAUACCAGGAUCCUGUCGUGAUGUCAUGCAUGCACUCGUACUGCAGGGAGUGUCUAAAAGAUUUGCAUGUCAAAUCCACUACAGCUGAGGAAUCAUGCGACACACGUUUAAAGACCAGCAACACGCUGCCCUGCCCCGCCUGUCGAGCAAUAACAAGCUUUGGCCUGGAGGGUGUUGAUGGCCUGCCCUAAAAACUUCACCCUAGCAAGUAUAUGUAGGAAGUUCAAAGAGACCUUCCGACAGCCUCCUGCCCCGGUACCUCAUGAAACUUGCAAACAAACACCAUCGAACGAGAGAAGCGUGUACUGCAAGGCAUGUCGGGUCAUUGUGAAGAGUGGAGAUCUAUGGCCAACACAUCGCUAUCACGUCACAGAGGACCUCGAAACUGAAAUUACAAAACAGCAGGUCAAACUCUCCACUUGCCGUCAGGAGCUGGAAAGAAGUCGCACUAAGGAAGAAGCUAGACUGAAAGCAGCGCUGGUUGAUCAUUGUAACAGACAGGAACAGAUGCAGAAUCAAGAAGAUGCUAUCAAUUCAUUGGCUGAAUCCAUAGAGGAACGUGUUCGAUCACGGAAAAAAAGAAGUUCUAGAAAAGAUAGAGUCCUUGAAAACACACAACAAGGCGACUUUUGAGACCUAUCAGAAACAACUCCAGUCCUACAUCUCCACUGUCGACAGCAUCACUGCAGCUGCACUUACAAUGGAUGAACAGAGACUGGAGGGAGAAGAAGGUCAAGUCGGUUUUCUGCAGGUGGUGGACGACGUCUUGAUACAGACACAGCGACUGGCAAUAGUGGAUGAUGUGCCAUUUUGUUUGGGCAUGCCCUUUCCUACAUAUGGUGAAGAGUUUGCUGGGAAUCUAAGAGCUGACUUCACAGCACUGUUUGGUCCCUCACUAGACCAAACUGAAACAACCUUAGCCGCUAGCAACGAGGACAUAUCAACGGAGCACAGUCAAGAGGAAGUUUCCACUGGUGAAGAGGUUGUUGCUGCAGCAAAUCACAACGUCAUCCAAGAGCACAGUCAAGAGGAAGUUUCCACUGGUGAAGAGGUUGUUGCUGCAGAAAGUGAAACCGGAAAUACACAUUUCUGCUGGACACCAACUUACAACGUCAUCGAAGGUGCAAACUUUGAGUGGGAUCCAGAUGACUGCAGUCCAUCACUUGCGAUAUGCGAGGACUGUUUGUUGGUGACGGACGAGCGAUGGGAGGAUGAAGAGAUUCAAGGUGAAUGUGCCCACAAUUCCGGUAACUGGAGGAACGUACGUGGCAUAGCUUCACACAUUAUCUUACAAGGGAAGAAUUCAUACUGGGAGAUCCUUGUUACAUUCGCUGUCCUGAGUCAUCUCGACGACAAGGACCUGAUCACGGACCUCGGAAUAUGCAAACCUGGAAAGGAAGACGUGUAUUCACCAUUGAGAGAAAACUACUAUUGCCUCUGUUGCAGUCUAAUCAAAGAUCCUGUCUCAGCAAACAUUGUCAUGGAGUUCUGGGAUGGCCCAAAGAAGACCACAUGGGAAACUCAUAAGGUAAAGAAACGGAUAAGACGCCGUAAGGAGGAGCAUCUCAAACUCGGGUUCAAUGUCGACUUUUUGAAUAAGAUGUUCAGGAUCAUUGACGUCGAUGAGAACGCGGUUCUCCAUAGUUUUGUGGGUAUGGACUUCUCAACGGUCACUGCCGUAGCGUCUAUUGAAAAUGGAGACAAGGUUAGAACGACCUUGGAACUGGAUUCAAAUAUCUAUGAUUUUCCAUCCGUACUCUGGAACUGAAACUUAGAGGAAUACUCUGAAGUGAUGAAGCCUACCUUGUUGACCAUGGAGCUUGAAAGUUAAACAUUUCUUGUUAUGUAUAUCUUUUAUAGAGCCACACCUCAGUGUACAUCAUCACAUUGAACUACUGAGAAUGAAUACAGAACACUGAUAUUCAGCAACACCCGGGCAGUUCUCGGGGAACAAGCACUGUUGUAGAACCAGUUUCCUUUCAUGCUUAUUAACUGAAACCUGUAUCUGACACUCGUCUGAAAUGAUGAAAAUGACCUACAUCGCAAAGUAUUACAAUAAAAUUCAUUUUAACAUUU